AAGACUUGGCGAAGGAGUGCCAGGGAAGAUAAGGAAGCCCAGCCCGCCAAGGGGGACGGGAAGGAGGGGGACAAGAAGGAGGGGGAGCCGCCUUGAGCCUGGUGCCCGGUGCCCCGUGCCCUGCCCCUCCAUGCAGUUUCCCAUGGGCCCCGCCUGCAUCUUCUUGAGGAAAGGCAUCGCCGAGAAACAGCGGGAAAGACCCCUGGGACAAGAUGAGAUCGAAGAGCUUCGGGAAGCAUUUCUUGAGUUCGACAAGGACAGAGAUGGGUUCAUCUCCUGUAAAGAUUUGGGAAAUCUCAUGAGGAUGAUGGGUUACAUGCCCACAGAGAUGGAGCUCAUUGAACUGGGCCAGCAAAUCCGCAUGAACUUGGGUGGCCGUGUCGACUUUGAUGAUUUCGUUGAGCUGAUGACACCCAAACUGCUGGCCGAAACAGCAGGGAUGAUCGGUGUCCAGGAGAUGAGAGACGCCUUCAAGGAAUUUGACGCCAAUGGAGAUGGAGAGAUCACCCUCGGGGAGCUGCAGCAGGCCAUGCAGAGGCUCCUGGGAGAGAAGCUCACGCCCCGUGAGAUCUCGGAGGUUGUGCAGGAGGCUGAUGUGAACGGAGACGGUACCGUCGACUUUGAAGAGUUUGUGAAGAUGAUGUCUCGCUGAGAAGGUUCCAGAAGCCCCAUACUCCCCGCCCUGGCCAAUGUGGAUCAAACAUUUGCUGAGGACUGAAUCCCCCUGGGCCCUUCCAGGAGAGAGGGUGGGAGGGGUGCGUGGUGAUGGGCCCUGCAGAGAGAGCAUGAGCUGAGGUUAG